CCACGUCCUUGGAUUAUGGCGGCAACAUUCAGGCACGAGUUGGGAUUUCGGAUACGGUGUCUCGUAUCCGGUAGUAGAGUCGCCAGUUCCGGAGAUCCAAGACAGUCGUGCUCAGGUCGAUGGACGUCGCAGGCUGGGCGUCCAAAGCCCUUCAUCGACACGGCCGUACUCUUGCACUAUACAUGUGGGCAUGGAUGGCCGUGAUCCAGAUAGUCCAAGUGGCGGUGCUCAUGCAAUGGCAGCCGCGGCUACGAGAGUUCUUGUCAUUUGAGUUGGCAUGCGUUGUCGUCGACCGUGCUUGGUGCACCACCACUACAUCCCAUUGGAAUGCCACUGCAACCGAUUUCCAAGGCCACGAAGAUGAAUCAUGCUUGGCGAUCACGAAGCAUUCCCACACGAAAGUGGUUUGCACCAUAUCGAUAUGAACACGAUUUUGCAAUCUGAUGAAGGCCAACGUAUAUCCGUGGUUGUUGUAUUAGUGCGAGGUAGGUAGAUACCAUUAAGUAGGCUUCGUCGAAGUUGCACGAAUGACCGACAGAGCACACUGCGCAUUCAGCGUCAAAGGGGGCCUGCUCCAUAAAGUAUUCAUCCAUC